CAGCACACUGUGCGAAGCUGUAUGUGGUGUAUAGUAGGUAUACGCGCGGGUUGAUGAUGAAGGAAAAAUAAAAUGAACGACAAGGCAACCGACCGAACGAGCGACCGACGGAUGGGUCUGACUGCAAGACUGAAGCGAAUGGUAGAUUAGUAACAUUUUGUGCGCUGCAUGAUAUAGGCUGACUACACCGAGAGACUGUACGAGGCGCUUUUUCUAUUCCCUAAACAUAGCACACAGCAUUUUUACGAGCGAGCGAGCGAACAUCGUACGUAACGUCAAAACAGGCAUCCAAGGAGCCGUAGACUAUUUCGCGUACGCUGAGCCAGAGGUUUGAUUGGAAGAUUUUUUUCCCCGGAAAAUUGUUGAAUGAAAAGUACCGAAUUGGUGAAAAGUGUUCAACUGUUCAAAUACCUGGAUUGGUUUGCCAUAGUGCGACAAGAGAUGUUUUGUAAAGUGUCGGUGGAAAAAGGUCCAAAAUAGCAUGUGAAUUGUUCCCGUCACCUAAGUGAAGACUAGAUUGAAAAUCUAGGAAAUUGGUGCAAAUUUAAAAAAAAAACGGUUUUACACAAGAAAAUUCGUAAAAUAACAGUGCGUAGUGUGAGAAGUGAAUCUAUCAAGAAGGAGGUCCCAGGAGGAGAUCCGGUUGAUCCGUCGACAGUACAAUUCAGUGUGAUGUUCCCGGCAAUGAUCGCAGCAGUAUUCUAAUCCUUUGGUUCCGUAAAAAAGUCGCAUGAACAGAACUUUGCAAUGAUGGGUCUCCAAGCGGCAGCUAGUAGCAAUAACAAACGCAAGUACGAGGAUACGAGUGCCACCUCGACUGAUGAUAAUGGCACCAGCACCACCUGCAGCAGCAGCAGAACCAUCCCAGAAGAAGUCAGUGGGCAAUGCUCAUCAUCCCCAGCAGUAGAAAAUCAAUACCCCAACGGGCAGUCGGCAUCCCCGGCGGAGGACGGAGCAAGUCCGUGUAAGAAUCCACGAUUGGAAGAACCGAUCGCAGUAGAGCAGACCGAACAGUCCACGAGAGAAGCGAAGGAGUCAUCGCCAACGACCGCGAUGCCAAUUAGUAGUAGUUCGACCAGCAGCAGUAUAACGACAACCAGCGUAGUAGCUUCCCCGUUGAUCGCCGGAGCUCCGACCACGAUUCCGAUCAAUAGCCCGUUGCUGCUGCCUCCAGCGCCACCUGCCGAAGAUAGCAUAGCCAAGCUGGAAGCGGUGGCUGUCCCCGGCGAGACCGGAUGGAACUGUGAACCGAUCGUAGAUCCCAUCAGUAAGCUUCAGGCAGUUGCCGUACCCGGGGAAACGUGGGGAUCGGACAGUACCCGGUCGACGCUGGCCACAACUCUGUUGGCCGCGGACGAUCUCGAUGACGAUGACGAUGAUUUCGAGGAUGACUUUGAUGAUGAUGAAACGAUACUGCCCAGCUAUUCACCGAUUCGGUAUCCUUGCUCUCCGAACCGUGCUUACAUUCCGGCAUACCCGAAGCCCGGCUACUUCCCAGAACCGUAUCAGAACUGUUCCCGAAUGAAUGGAGCGAACAACGGAGCACAACAGUAUGCCAAUCGGGGAUACGGCUGGAGCCAGCAUGGGUACUAUUCGCCCCCGUACGAAGCACCAUCCUCGCAGCAGACGAUACGGUGCGCGGAGAAUGGCAAGUCCUACUUCGAACUGGGCAGUGCAAACUACAGCAACGUAAACCAGUUUGGUGCUCAAGGGCGGCAUCUGAAGCGAUGCUGCGACGGACGCAAUAUGUCGUGCAAUAACAAACAAUGCUACAAGGAACGGCGCCUGAAGAUGAUGAACCUGUCAAUGUUCAAACUGGCCCGAUUCCGUCAGGCUUCGGAUCAAUCGCUGUACCGAUCGGUACUGAUCUGCAAUACACUCAAAUCGAUUGAACGAGAAAUUGACAACGAGAACAAGGAGUUUAGCCAUCAGCAGCACCUGCAGCAGCAGCAACAUCCGCAUCUCUAUCAUGCACCUCCUCCUCCUCCGCAUCACCUGCAUCAUCCACAUCCGCCGCCGCCGCCACCACCACAAACUCCCCCGCAGCAAGGUCAGAACGAGUAUGGCCCCCUGUACAACGGCCGGAUAGGUGCAUCCGACAAGCAGCAAGCUCCUAAGUUUAGUGAUAUUAGCAAUAGUGGCAGCAGUAACUACAGUAGACUUCAAGGCAGCAAUACAACGACUCAGUCGUCUCCUGGCUACGGUCCAAGUGCAACCGAGCAGCAACCUACGACGAUUACUACGCAAUUAUCGCCCUACGAUCAGCAACCGCCACCGCAGCAGCAGCAGCAGCAGCAACAUCACCUCAGCCCCAUGACGACCGCAUCGACGACGACGGGCCCGGCGUCCAUCAGUCCUCAUCACAAUCAUCCGCUGAAAGAUCCACAAUCAGGCCGGGCGACACCAUUCCCGUCCAGUGUCGCCGGCAGCGGCAGCAGUUCCCUUACCAAUGGUUAUCACGACGGUGAUUCCGGCUUCGGUGACGACGACUGUACGCGCCCAAUCAACUGGGGUUCGGUGCUGAGCCUAUCCUCGCAAUCGGCGCUCGAUCCACUAAACAACAACGACCUCUUCGUAACGUCGCCGAGCGUCGCGGUUAGCGUUGUCAACGAUAGCCAUCACACAGCCAACGUGACGGUACUAGCGAGUAACGAUAAUUGUGAUAGUAGCACUAGUUUAGCAUUAAGUCAAUCCGGGUCGUCCUCGUCCUGCCUGGCAGGCAGCGACGGUAGCACCGUAAGCAGUGUUAGCAAUAGUGAUAGCAGCAGCGACAACAAUCAUACGACAGACAGUACCAACCCUGCCAGCAGCUCCUCGGGUGCUAAUUCCUCCAGUACAACCACCCUAACCUCCCUGACCACCCUGACAACGAGCAGCCAUUGUGAUCUUAAUCUUACUACUCUAACCACCUCCCCAUCCCCACUGCUCUCGUCCUGUGCGUCGGCCCUGCAGUACCACUCCAGUACCAACGGUUCCAACUGGGAUCUAGCCUAUCUGGACAUGGACAUGGACGAAAUGUUUCCCAACUGUUACAAGAUAACCUCGUUCAACUCGGAUGUCGACAUGCUGGGUCUGAAAUCUCCCAUGCUGGAACCGAGCAAAGUGGUCUGUGAUAACGAUAUGGAUUCCUUUACGACCCACAUAAUGGUCGGGAGUUAGUAUUAAGCCCCCACCGCAGCAGUAGGGUUGCCAAAUUUUCUCCCCCAUCCCGUCCGGAAUGGGAGAAAGUUUGGCAAGGCGCGCUCUCUCGCUCAAAACCUGAUCCCACCACACCAACCACCACCCACAAAUCCAAACCUCCUCCACUAGAAUCAAGUUUGUAAGUGUCGCGCCACGUCCAUUCUCAGGUUGUGAAGGCUGUGUUAUACUCAUUAGUUUUCGUUACGUUAGUGUAUUAAAGGGCAACCAAGGUUAAUAUCCAAGAAACAAAACGAAUAGCUUUUCUCCUUUAGUUCAAUUUUGUGUUCUUAUGUUCCACCGGUGAAAAACCGAUGAGUUAACUCGUGCCCUUCUCUGGUUUCCCUCUCUGUCCAGAACAAUGCAAAAAUCCCGAUUCCAGCUCUGGAGGAAUAUACCAGUUCAAAUCACAAGCGUACAAAUGACAAACAAACAAACAAACAAAUGCAAAACGCUACAAAUGUUGCAAAACGAAACUGCUUCUGUCACUAUUGGUUCCUUAUUAGGAUUAGAGCAACAAACAAACAAACAAACACACACACAUACAUACGACAAAGUGAAGAACGGACACAACUAAAAGUGGAUGAACAAAUUAGGUUUACAAAACACGCAGUACAUAUGAUAAUGGUAGUUGUAAUAAACGUGACGUAGUAGCAGCGAACAAAUGAAUGCAAAAACAGAAACAAGGAAUUGUACAACAACAACAACAACAACAACAACAAACAACAUUGUAUUGCAAAUUUAAAAGUGGAUCUGUUGGAGCGAUGUAAUUUUUUUUGCCUAAGGUGAAAAUGAACCGAAUCCGUAACUCAACUUGUACCAACUCCUAUGGGUGAAUCUUUUAUUCGCUCCUUCUGAGCAAUCCUUGAAAAGUUCAUCCCUUUGAAGUUAAAGAUAAUUUCGAAUUUCUGUUUCAAAAUAGCGAAGUGAUUUCGUCCAUAUUCACCUUGUUCCCAUCAACAACAGAAAUACAAACGUGGAAUUGACCACGAGUGCCAUAAAGAAUUAAAAAAAAAUGUACCAUUAGAGAACAAAAUUCCCAAACUAAACGACCUCACUUCAACGGCCUCCACAAAACCAAACUCUCACUUUCUAGCGGAGGGAAGAAUAUCCACACCUUAAAACACUACCGGAGGCAUCUGACCUAGCGGCAAACGGUUCUAUCUCAACUCAACUCAAUCUCAGUACUAGUUUUUUGUUUGUUUGACAAGAGACCUUUUUCCCACACUCCUGCUCCUGAUCACGGUAGGCAGAAAUCUUCGAAUACAUUCCAUACACUAUCCUAUACAGUUAUUUCGUUGAAGAAUUCGAAACUGGACGAUUUGUCUUGCCAAUCGCCAAUCAGACGAUGAGGGUCUUUUGUUUCAGUGUUUCACGGUGUGCUUUCGCGGUAUUUUCCCGUCACUUGAAAUGAGACCAGGAAAAGUCAAUUCAGUAGCAACAUUUUCUACAGCAGCUAAAUCCUGUACAUACUCGACAGUAGAAAAAAAAUCCCGUUCUCUAAUUUGGCAGCAUAAAAAAUCCUGAUUUUCCUAAAAGCAAAAUUUCUUGGAGGGACAGCAGCUAUCUUUCCUACAAGCCCAAAAAAAAGGCAGUAGAGCGAGUUAAUUCAACCAAAUCUAGUCCUUUGUCAAUCUUUAAAUCAAAUUGUUUACAAGGGUAUUUUUUAUUUCUUUAAAUAUGAUCUAAUUUGCUAAUUGUAUCAAUCUUCUUCUAUCAUUUGAGAAAAAAAAACACUUCUAAACUUAAAAAUCAACUGAUUGUGUAAAUAACCAAAACCGAUUCAGCUAUACUGGACGCAGAUUUGGAUUUUCUAGCAAGCAAAAAAAGAAGAACCUUGAUGUUAUUCGAGCAGAAAAACAGAACAAAAUUGUACUUUAAGAGAUUAUAUAUAUCUAUCUAAUAUAUUGGAAGUGACAAAAGAAAAAAAAAACAAUUAAGGGCAAACAAGACAAACAAAAAAACAAUUAGUAAGCCAUUCUUGGACCCCUCCUCCACCCUCCGGCGGCGGUGUCGGCGGUGGUGAACAAAAAGUACAUAUUAUAUCAAAGCUGUACAUUUUAACUUGAUGAUGAUGAUUGGUAAAACAAAACAAAAUAAAAACAA